UUUUUGGAUGGGGUGUUUUUAUUUGAGGUUACUUUGUUUACUAAGAGGCAUGGAGUGGUGAGGGCAGAGGAAGAUUCUGAGACAAUCUAUGCAACUAUUGAUUUGGUGUCGUCAAUUAUUCAAAGUAAGUUGAGGAAGAUGAAGGAGGAGUCUGAUCAUGGUAGACACAUGAAAGGGCUUAAUAGGUUGAAGAUUAGGGAGCCAAUGCCACAAGUGAUGGAGGAUGAUGCAGAUGCAGUUUCACGGAAAGAAGAUGAUGACUAUCUUGAUGAGGCUGUUCACACAAAGUACUUUGACAUGCCACCUCUGACUGUCGAUGAAGCAAUUGUGCGGCUGGGAAAUGUGGAUCAUGCCUUCUACGGUUUCGGGCAUGCUGAAGGGGAAAGAUACAGAAUUUGAGAUCAAGUGAACUCAAACUAAUGAGAUGUAUUAACAUGCUUGUAUGAGUUCUUAGUUUAUGGAAAAUCAGACCCACUAUUAUGUUGGCGUCCAAACUUACCGGGAUGAGAAAAAAGAAUUUUGGAAUCACUAUUCAGUUUAUAUUAGAUCGAAACUUCUGUUCA